UCUUAAUAUUAUUACUGUGUUGCACUACCAGGUAAUCAAUCUAUCGCAAGCUGUGACCCCAUUACUUUAUUGGUAAACAAGAUUCCUGACAUGGGCGUUCAUAUCUAUUGCUCGUUCUUCCUCUCAUCUCUUUAGUUGAACUCAUGACGAGGUGAAAAUGGCGGAUAUUUCGAAAUCCAACCCGGCCUGAAAAUAGAAACGUAGCUAGCAAGCUAUAGCUGGUCGUUUUCACAGUGCUGCUCCUGUCACAAAUUCAUGAUUUUGACAGGCUGCUUAAUAGUUGAGAACAAAAAGCAGGCCCCGAUCAUAUAUCCUAUCGAAAAUUGAGGGGAUGAACAUCGACCCCCUCCCCCUAGUUUAUCAACUUGUAUAUUAUCCUAUCUGUCUUAUUUUGCGUAUGCCGGAGUAGUGACUGAGCUGAGUGUAAACCUGCAGACAUGGACGUGGUGUCGCCAGAGCUGAACAGUCUGCUCCCUGAUGAGAUCAUGGACACAGAGGCCAUCAUCAUGGAUGACGACCCCCCCGCCGAGUCCCCUGCAGCCUCUGGCCAAUCACAGCCUAGUGACGACUCACCAGUCCCCAUGGAAACGGAUGUGCCCGCUGUCCCAGAGAUCGUAAGCCUGUGUUCGGACGCCCCUCCAACCCAGCUGACCCAAGCCGGGACCACCUCCACCCCCACAGGUUCCACCCUCUGUAGCACCACCUCUGCUACCCAGCUCCUCCUCACCUCUUCUACGGUUUCAUCCUCCUCCCUCACCUUGCGACCCGCCACAGCCUCCACCCUAACCUCAACCACCCCUAAAACCACCAGCAGCCUCUCCCGGGUUAGUCUCACCUCGGGGAGCUUACAGAAGCUCUCAGCCCCCUUCACCCUCUCAGCCAACCACCAGAUCAUCCUCAACAAGGUGGCCUCUUCGCCAGGCGCAGACACCACUAGGUCCCAAGGCACCACCACCACUACCACUACUCCAGGGGGCCAGCAGUUCAUGGUGACGGCCAUAGGAAAGUCUGGCCAGCCUAUUGUCCUGCAGCUGCCCCACACAGGCUCCAAGUCUGCCUCAGUGCAGGGUCUGGGGGAGGCCAAGGCCAACCCGCAGCAUUUCAAGGUGGUGACGGUCAGCUCGGCCAGUCAGGUAUCCACCCUGCAGGCCCAGCAGCUGAAGACUGUACAGAUUGCUAAGAAAACUCAGGUGUCUUCGGCUGGACCAAUCAAGUUUGUCUUCACUAAAGCUGUCAACAACAAAGGUCUGACUGCCCAGACAUCAGUAUCCAAUGUCAUUACAGGUCGGGUCCUGUCCACAGGCAGCCCGGUGACCCCCCCACGGACCAUCACCCUCUCUGAGACCCUCGGCUCCAGCAGCAAGAUCGCCAUCUCCCCCCUCAAGUCGCCCAGCAAGUUGACGGUGGUGUCGGUGGCCUCACAGGUCCCCAACUCCCCUCAGAAGUCAGUGUCUCUGCCUCUCAACAUGGCCCACCUGGGACAUCAGAUACUAUUACAACAGUCUACAGCCACCUCCCCAGCCAAGACCAUGAAGCCUGUGCAGACUGUGACGGUGGGAGGGGUGGGCGCCCCCCAAUUUAAGACCAUCUUUCCCCUGUCCACCCCAUCCAACGUGCAGCAGAUCCAGGUGCCAGGCAGCCGCUUUCACUACGUCAGGCUGGUCACUGCCACCACGGGCAGCAGCACGGGACAUGCCGGCAGCCCCAUCACUAACUCAUCCAUGACAGCCAAGCCCAUGGUGGUCAACACAACCCAAGUCAGGAUGUCUGUCCCCAUUGUCCCAGCACAGACAAUGAAGCAGGUGGUGCCUAAGCCCUUGACAUCGUCAGGCCAGGUGCUGACCACUCAGACCCAGCAAAGGUUGAUCAUGCCCGCCACAUCGCUACCCCAGAUUCAGCCCAACCUCACCAAUCUACCCCCGGGUACUGUAUUGGCGCCUGCCCCUGGCUCUGGGAACAUGGGCUACGCCGUGCUGCCCGCACAAUACGUCACACAGCUCCAGCAGUCGGCGUAUGUGACUCUGGCCAGCAGCUCUGGGUUCUCCACCCCUACAGGCAUCCAGACUCAGGCCAGACUGCCUCUCAAUGGCUUAUCAACAUCAGGCGCUGCCUUCAGACCACGGAAGCCCUGUAACUGCACCAAAUCUCAGUGUCUCAAACUGUACUGUGACUGUUUUGCCAACGGGGAGUUCUGUCAGAACUGUAACUGUACCAACUGCUUCAACAACCUGGAACACGAGACGGACCGAGCUAAAGCCAUCAAGGCAUGUCUGGACCGUAACCCGGAGGCGUUCAAGCCCAAGAUCGGUAAAGGUAAAGAGGGCGAGUCGGACCGCAGACACAGCAAAGGUUGCAACUGUAAACGCUCAGGCUGCCUGAAGAACUACUGCGAGUGUUACGAGGCCAAGAUCAUGUGCUCGUCUACCUGUAAGUGUGUGGGCUGUAAGAACUUUGAAGAGAGCCCUGAGAGGAAGACUCUGAUGCACCUGGCCGACGCAGCUGAGGUCAGAGUUCAACAACAGACGGCAGCCAAGACCAAGCUGUCAUCACAGAUCUCAGACCUGCUUACACGGACCACUCCCGCCAUCACCAGCGGAGGGGGGAGGAUGCCCUAUACGUUUGUGACGAAGGAGGUGGCGGAGGUGACAUGCGAGUGUCUGCUGGAGCAGGCUGAGCAGGCAGAGCUGAACCAGCAGCCCCAGGCCACCGCAGAGAGGAUGAUCCUGGAGGAGUUUGGACGCUGCCUCAUGAGGAUCAUCAGCUCGGCGGGAAAGACAGACUAUCCCUCCAUCAACUGCUAGGCUAGGUCCAAGGGCUCUCUCAAUUUGCCUCUCACCCAGCGCAGAGAGAACUCGUUCCUGGGAGACUGAAAGGGUGGCCCCCUUUCUCCCCAAGCCCCAGAGCUAAACAUUGGUACUGGCGAGUGGUGGUGAUCCCUGGAGGUCCUUGGUUUCUCGGUCUCCCAGGCUAGCUAUCCCCAUAGACAUUGGAUUGGGAGGAGAGUGGACUGCCCCGUCAACUGUUACCUAGCUAGACCCAGCACCAGGAGGCAAGGACAGCCCUGUGCAAUGCUUACCCAGCCUCAGAGCUCUAGCAUUGGGAGAACUAAGGGACAUUAAUUGCUAUGGCGCUGGUGCUGCUCCUUCUUCACAGUUAGUGGGAACAGCCUUGGUUGAAGGGAGGGGCUGUCCCCAUGCCUGCCUGAAAAAACAAGGAUUGUGGGAGAGACUUGGCAGAGAAAGAAGUGCAAGGGUAGAGCAAACGAGCGGGACCAGGAUUUGGGUUUUAACCAGUUCUUGGUUUCGGUGCACCCUCUGACUGAGUGGAAUAGCACAGUUUGUUUGUGUUUUUGGAAGGGGGUUGUUUUAGACUUACCGUGCACACUUUUUGAUAAUAGCUAUUUUUACAUGUUUUGUUUUUUUCUUCUAAUGUAUUUUAUUUCUACCAUCAUAUCAUGGCUCUGUUUGUCCCUCUCCUUCUCUCUGGUGUGAUAUUAACAUGUUUUAAUCAUUUCUGAUGAUUCUUCAGUUAGUAGCCCAGGUUCUAAUCAUGAUGCUGAUAUCUCUACAGUUGCUAGCUUUUACUGUAGCCCACAAGAUACCCCCACUAUUUAUUUUCCUCAACCACCGUUUCAACUUGUGCUUAUAAAAAUGUCUAAGAACAAAUUCUAAAUUCCCACUUUUGAUUUUAUCAUGGAUAUGGAUUCUAUUUACCAUUUUUAAACAAAUAAUUGGUAACUAUUUAAAUUUGCAUUCGCCAAACUGUGUUUUGGGGUAGCAUACAGUCCUGUUUCUGACACUUUCAGGUAGGGUAAAGUUCCACAAUAUCAAAUCCAAGUUAUUUGCUCUGCUAAAGUGCUUAUGGUACUCUAAACUCGAAAUUAAUUGUGAAGUUAGGAAAGUUGUCCACUUAUUAGAUAAAUAGGAAUAUUGGAAUCUAAGUGACCCUACUUUAACUUCUUUGUGAAUAACAAAGAUGUAGAGUAAUGUAUGUAGAAUAGUGUUGGAUCACUGUCAAGGGACAGAUUGUUUGAUUGGAUAAUGAAUCUAGCCAUAGUAUCACUGUAUGUCAGGAGCACUGCAACUAUUUUAGCAUAGCAGAGUGCCUUUAGUCUACAGUGAGCUGAUGAUUGGGCAUGGUAACAUUUUUCUACAAUGUCAUCAUGGAUUAGGCUACCAGGUAACACAUGAUUUGGCCUCUGUGUGUCACACUAACUCUGCCCAUCAAGUAUGUAUUCAACAGCAUCUGGGUGGUGUUUCUAAAACCCGUAUUAUCAUGUCCACUAGUCUGGCUAACACACAACUCUCAAGUCCUCCUGACUUCAGUCUGGAAUGGCUCCUCCAUGUUGGCACAAUGCGUCGAUAAUGAAGAGGGCUGUGUUUUUACUGGUUGGUUCUCUUCUGUAUUAUUCUCACUCAAACUCCAACAUGCAUGGCCACACAGCCCCCUGAGCGCUGCCCCUUCCAUUACAAUGGUUUUAUUUAAAAAACAACGAGAGGUCUCAACCUCUGAGGGGGAAAAAUCACAUUUGAUUGAACCAAUCAAAGCCAUCGCUCAAUUUCUGAGUGAAUAUUGCAUUAAUGGCCUUCUUUCCAGACCAGUGUACGACAGCUGUCCCUGUGCUGUGGGUCGUGCCAGCCAGGCUACAUUUCCCCCUCACAAAGCCAAUCCCUCUCUGUUUUUGUAUUGGGGUGAGUCUUGUGUGUGUUUGGGUGUUGUUUUUUAAAUACUGUUAUUAGUAGAUUUAUUUCCCCCCAGGAUACCUUUGCCUUACGUUCCCCAGUCUGCUCAGGGCAUUGAAGGACUUUUACUACGUUGUCAAUUGUUUCCCCCAAUGUUGUUGAAGACGCACACAUACUUAUUAAAACACGUUCAAGAUCUAUCAAAAGCAGGCGUUUGUUGAUAUAGAUUGCCCUUGUCCAAAAGAGCAUGACCAUGUUAUACACCAUCACUCAUCCUUUUUACAGUUGUAAUCAUCCCUAUGCACUGAAAACUUUGUUUAUUGUAUGGCUGAUCUUGCUGGAUGCUGAGGUUAUUACAAAAUUGCUGUACAGGAGCAUCAACAAUUGGUUUGAGUAGCGUGAUGCAUCCCUAAUAAAACACAUUUCUCUAGGCCCUGUUCAGGAGGGUGCAAUGUUACAGAACGUUCAGAUAGAAAUGUAUUGUGUAGAACUAAUAGUGGUAUUUCAGGUAGAGGAUUGGAAUUAUUGGCACUAUGUUACAUUUCUAUUUGUAACAUUUGUUGAGUCUCCCCUCAUUGAAUACAGCCCUAGUAUCCAUUGUCAACCCACAAAGUGGGAUGUUUCAAAGGGCUUCCAAUAGUUGAGCACAAACAGAAGGCUGCUCUGAAAGUGCUCUGCCCAGCUCACUCCCUUAAUCUGAUGUUGAAGGGUGGUGGGAAAUUGCUUUUAGAUUGUCUUCUAACAGAGAGAAAUGUAACAUCAAAAAUACAUUUAUAUUAUCAAUAAAACUAAACAGCAAAGUUGUGCUCUGUCUGUGAACAGAAAAGUUUCUAUCAAAUCUAUAUAUUUCAGGAGAAACCUAGCCUUCUAUCAGGUAACCUAACCCAUGGCAUCUGGUAGUGCUCUGUACACUAGACAAAACAAUAAACCUUUGUACCUUCUCAAUGUUUGCAAUAUCAGGCUUUUUUCACUGAGGGAAUCUCUGUACUGAACUGAUCUGUGUAAAUCUGUUACCUGCUGCCCCUCCAUGUAUAAAAGCCCCUGUGCAACAGCUCAGUAGUACUACUUGGUUGUUUGAUUGUAUAUCGUAUGUUAAGUGACCAUUGCCUGUAUUACUUUUUAGGUGAAAUCAUGUUUGUCUUUUUUCUUAUGUCACCAUUCUUGUAAACAUCUCUUUCUGUCUGGAAUUAUUUAUCUCAUGUUAUCCUGACUAUAACACAGUAUCACCAAAAUUAAAGUACUUUUAAUUAUUUUCAGAUUUAUAUUGAGUAAAGCCUAUGUAAGAUGUUGUGACUGUAAUGUAAGCAAAAUACAAAGCAAAUAAAAUUUAUACAGUUCUGUAAAAAAAAA